UAAAUACAUAAAAUGUAACCACUUUCAAAUUCAUAGACAGCUAUGGAUGCAAGGACGGACAGUCAAUAAUAUAAAAAUGAUAGUUUUAACCAUGUUUUGAGGCUAUACGGUGUGUGUUUACAGUAAGUAAGGCCUGCAUUGUUUACUAACAAAGUAAAACAAGCAUAUUUUGGGUUCUGAUGAGGAUGACAGUUGACCGAAGCCCUUGAGGAAUUUUUAAGUUAUAUUCUUCAAGAAAAUUGUAUUAUAGUAUAUAAAUCACCAGAUAAAAAAAAUACAUGGUAAAAUUAUAAUUACACAGUAAUAACAUAUUAAUACAUUUAGUAUGAGUACCAGAAAGUGGGCUAUUCAUUUGAUACAUUUAUUUUCCAAAUAUGCAGUAAGGAAAUACUGUUGUGCCUGUAGGCAUGUUUCUGCAGUAACCUGUCAAACCAAACCUCAACUGUGCUCAGGUUAACUGUAAUUGAGUGAAUGGAGGCAGCCUCUCAGUCAUUAAUCCAUUAGUAGGCUACUAAAGAUUCUGCACUCCUCCCUCACACACAGCUCUACCGUUCGUUUUUUCCAUCAUGGCUCCCUCAACAGACAGACUGGGAUAUUGGGGGCGACCAACCUCAACGCUGGAUUGGUGUGAGGAGAAUUAUGUCGUCUCUUUCUACAUCGCAGAAUUCUGGAACACUGUCAGUAACCUGAUUAUGAUCCUGCCUCCUAUCUACGGCGCCAUCCAGACGUAUAAAGACGGCCUAGAGUACCGCUACGUCUACUCCUUCCUUGGACUGGCAGCUGUUGGCAUUGGCUCCUGGUGCUUCCAUAUGACGCUGCAAUAUGAGAUGCAGUUGCUGGACGAGCUGCCAAUGAUCUACAGCACCUGUGUCUUUGUCUACUGUCUAUAUGAAUGCUUCAAGCAAAAAAACACUCUGGGUGUAUUCCCUAUCAUGUUGUUAUUCAUCUUCAGUGUCUCAGUCAGUGUGGUGUAUUUACAAUGGAAAGAGCCAGUCUUUCACCAGGUCAUGUAUGGUGCACUUGUAGCAUGCUUGGUGAUGCGCUCUAUCUUCAUAGUUACAUGGGUGUACCCCUGGCUCAAACCUGUGUGUUAUAUUUCCCUGAGUGUCUUUCUGCUGGGGUUCAUGUUGUGGAACAUUGAUAAUCUGGCCUGUGACUCACUCAGAUCCACCAGACAGAGACUGCCCCCUGUUGUUGGGGUGGUGACACAGUUCCAUGCCUGGUGGCACAUCCUCACAGGCCUGGGCUCCUACCUACACAUACUCUUCAGCCUCCAGAUAAGGUCAACCUUUCUCAAACACAGACCAAAAGUAAAGUUCCUAUGUGGAGUGUGGCCCAUGUUGCACAUUGAGGCACAAAAGACUAGCUGAGUGACUGGGGACCAUGAAGGAUGGUGACUGCCAUUAAACAGGCAUCAGUACAGAGACCUGACCUGCCAGUCUGCCAACCCCCCUCUGCUGUCUAUGGGACAUAUGCACCCCACUACCAGAGGGCAGCCAGGCUACACCCCAACCUACCACUCCGGGGACCCUUUGGUUCUGCACUGUGACGAUUUGCCAAGUACAGUAUAGCAUUGAGAGUUUAUAUGGAAUUAUCUGAUUUUUCACUUUCAUCUAUCAACAUAUAGUAGAUUAUUAGAUUUUGGUGGUGAUGUUGUAGUGACAUUUUGUUUAAAUUUACUCUAACAAAUUUCCUGGAAUAUGGAUACUGCAAAAAAAAUAUAUAUAAAUCAUACUAGUGUAUCUAUUAGAGGUCGGCCGAUUAUGAUUUUUCAACGCCGAUACCGAUUAUUGGAGGACCCCAAAAAAAAGCAGAUACCGAUUAAUCGGCCGAUUAUUUUAAUUUUAUUUGUAACAAUGACAAUUACAACAAUACUGAAUGAACACUUAUUUUAACUUAAUAUAAUACAUCAAUAAAAUCAAUUUAGCCUAAAAAAAUGAAACAUGUUCAAUUUGGUUUAAAUAAUGCAAAAAAAAAGUGUUGGAGAAGAAAUUAAAAGUGUAAUAUGUGCCAUGUAAAAAAGCUAACGUUUAAGUUCCUUGCUCAGAACAUGAGAACAUAUGAAAGCUGGUGGUUCCUUUUAACAUGAGUCUUCAAUAUUCCCAGGUAAGAAGUUUUAUGUUGUAGUUAUUAUAGGAAUUAUAGGACAAUUUCUCUAUAAGAUUUGUAUUUCAUAUACCUUUGACUAUUGGAUGUUCUUAUAGGCACCUUAGUAUUGCCAGUGUAACAGUAUAGCUUCCAUCCCUCUCCUCGCCCCUACCUGGGCUCGAACCAGGAACACAUAGACAACAGCCACCCUCGAAGCAGCGUUACCCAUGCAGAGCAAGGGGAACAACCACUCCAAGUCUCAGAGCGAGUGACGUUUGAAACGAUAUUAGCUCGCACCCCGCUAACUAGCUAGCCAUUUCACAUCGGUUACACCAGCCUAAUCUCGGGAGUUGAUCAGCUUGAAGUCAUAAACAGCUCAAUGCUUGAAGCGUUGAGAAGAGUGUUAUGUACUUGAGUGAAGACCCAAAAGCGGUUUUAACAGAAAACAGAGUUCUUUAAUAAAAAACAGGAAUGGCAUAAAUCCUCUUCCAACGUAGUCAAUGGAACAAAAGAACGUAGUAUAAUGCAGGAUGCACCUGCCAGGCAGACUCCGACAGGAUAGGACAAGGUGGAAGCAAACGGGACGACAGCUUGCUUCUGGUAUCAAAAACACAAACAAGAAUCAGACACUGAAAGUAGCAGGAACAGAGAGAGAAAUAGAGACCUAAUCAGAGGGGGAAGAGAGAACAGGUGGGGAAAGAGUGAAUGAGCUAGUUAGGGGAAAUGUAGAACAGCUGAAGAAUGAGAGACAGAGAAGGUAACCUAAAAAGACCAGCAGAGAGAGACAGAGUGAAGAGAAAGGACAGGAACAGACAUAACAAGACAUGACAAAGAGCUGCUGGCAAAACGCACAAAAGUGCAGUUUGAAUGAAUGCUUACGAGCCUGCUGGUGCCUACCACCGCUCAGUCAGACUCCUCUAUGAAAUCAUAGACUUAGUUAUAACAUAAUAACACACAGAAAUACGAGCCUUAGGUCACUAAAAUGGUCAAAUUCUGAAACUAUCAUCUCGAAAACAAGACGUUUAUUCUUUCAGUGAAAUACGGAACCGUUCCGUAUUUUAUCUUAACGGGUAAGUCUAAAUAUUCCUGUUGCAUUGCACAACCUUCAAUGUUUUGUCAUAAUUACGGAACAUUCUGGCAAAUUAGACAGCCCAAACUGUUGCAUAUACACUGACUCUGCGUGCAAUGAACGUAAGAGAAGUGACACAAUUUCACCUGGUUAAUAUUGCCUGCUAACCUGGAUUUCUUUUAGCUAAAUAUGCAGGUUUAAAAAUAUAUACUUCUGUGUAUUGAUUUUAAGAAAGGCAUUGAUGUUUAUGGUUAGGUACAGUCGUGGAACGAUUGUGCUUUUUUCGCAAAUGCGCUUUUGUUAAAUCAUCCCCCGUUUGGCGAAGUUGGCUGUCUUUGUUAGGAAGAAAUAGUCUUCACAGAGUUCGCAACGAGCCAGGGCACACAGUUCCUAACGAGUCAUGUUAGUUGGUAAUAUUAACUAAAUAUGCAGGUUUAAUAUAUACUUGUGUAUUGAUUUUAAGAAAGGCAUUGAUGUUUAUGGUUAGGUACACAUUGGAGCAACGACAGUCCUUUUCCGCAAAUACGCACCACAUUGAUUAUAUGCAACGCAGGACACGCUGGUAACGCUAGUAAUAUCAUCAACCAUGUGUAGUUAACGAGUGAUUAUGAUUGAUUGAUUGUUUUUAUAAGAAGUUUCAUGCUAGCUAGCAACUUACCUUGGCUUCUUACUGCAUUCGCGUAACAGGCAGGCUCCUCGUGGAGUGCAAUGUAAGGCAGGUGGUUAGAGUGUUGGACUAGUUAACUGUAAGGUUGCAAGAUUGAAUCCCCGAGCUGACAAGGUAAAAAUCUGUCUUCUGCCCCUGAACAAGGCAGUUAACCCACCGUUCAUAGGCCGUCAUUGAAAAUAAGAAUGUGUUCUUAACUGACUUGCCAAGUUAAAUAAAGGUGUAAAAAAAUAAUUAAAUGGCCAAAUCGGUGUCCAAAAAUACAGAUUUCCGAUUGUUAUGAAAACUUGAAAUCGGCCCUAAUUAAUCUGCCAUUCUGAUUAAUCGGUCAACCUCUAGUAUCUAAUGUAACAUUCAAUAUAACACCUUAGCAUAUUCACAAACCAUAAUAACGUCAGGUAGUCGGCAUUAGCUGGCUGUAUGUCAUGGUUGUGUUUAGACCUGGGAACUAUUUAUUACCCAUCCAUCCUCCUCUGAUGGAUUCUGGUCUAGAUGAUGCAGUGUGUUGGUUACAGACGGGACUGAAACAGGGACACAGGAAAAGGUUUGAUGUCAAUUAUGUUGUCCAUUUCUUUCCUCUGCAAGGGAUUGGUCACACAGGAAAACUCUGACUUCAAUAUUUGAUUCAUGCCAAGUGUGGAUCUGCAUUGCAAAAUCUGAAGUUGCUCUGAGAUUGUGUUUUUGAUGAUUUACUUUAAUAUUUUUAACAAAUCAAAGGGAUAUGAUACAAUUUCAUCUAAGGAUUGUUCCACUACACAAAAUUCAGUACCAUUUAUAUCAUAGUGGGAAUUGCACAUGGUCAUUAUAUUCAUGUGUACUAUUACAAAAAAAGUGUAUUUCCCAAGGCAAAAUAUCAUAAAGGCUUACCUAAAAUACAUACACUACCGUUCAAAGGUUUGGGGUCACUUAGAAAUGUCCUUGUUUUUGAAAGAAAAACACAUCUUUUGUCCAUUAAAAUAACAUAAAAUUGAUCAGAAAUACAGUGUAGACAUUGUACAUUACUAUUGUAGCUGGAAACAGCAGAUUUUUUAUGGAAUAUCUACAUAGGCGUACAGAGGCCCAUUAUCAGCAACCAUCGCUCCUGUGUUCCAAUGGCACAUUCUGUUAGCUAAUCCAAGUUUAGAAUUUUAAAAAGGCUCGUUGAUCAUUAGAAAACCAUUUUGCAAUUAUGUUAGCACAGCUGAAAACUGUUGUGCUGAUUAAAGAAGCAAUACAACUGGCCUUCAUUAGACUAGUUGAGUAUCUGGAGCAUCGGCAUUUGUGGGCAUUUACAGGCUCAAAAUGGCCAGAAACAAAUAACUUUCUUCUGAAAUUCAUUAGUCUAUUAUUGUUCUGAGAAAUGAAGGCUAUUCCAUGUGAGAAAUUGCCAAGAAACUGAGAUCUCGUACAACGCUGUGUACUACUCCCUUCACAGAACAGUGCAAACUGGCUCUAACCAGAAUAGAAAGAGGAAUGGGAGGCUCCGCUGCACAACUGAGCAAGAGGACAAGUACAUUAGAGGGUCUAGUUUGAGAAACAGAUGCCUCACAAGUGCUGAACUGGCAGCUUCAUUAAAUAUGACCCACAAAACAACAGUCUCAACGUCAACAGUGAAGAGGCGACUCCAGGAUGCUGGCCUUCUAGGCAGAGUUGCAAAGAAAAAGCCAUAUCUCAGACUGGCCAAUAAAAAUAAAAGAUUAAGAUGGGCAAAGGAACACAGAUACUGGACAGAGGACAGAGGAACUACACAUAUAUGUCUACACUGUAUUUCUGAUCAAUUUGAUGUUAUUUUUAUCUACAAAAAAAAAUAUAUUUUCUUUCAAAAACAAGGACAUUUCUAAGUGACCCCAAACUUUUGAAUGGUAGUGUUUAUCUGCACAAGCUUUGAUGUUGCUGUCAAAACAAGAAAUGAGGGAUGAGAAAAUAGUGUUUUGACUGACCACUGACCCUGACUAAAUAAUUUGGAGUGGUUUGUUUUUGGAUGGAUUUGUCAAUUGAUAUCUAUACUUUGUCUUAGCAAUGAAUACAGGCAUCUGCAUGUCUGCGAUAUUUAAAUGAUUAUCAUUGUCCCGUAUUAUCCCACACACAUUUGCCUGAAGGAUGACACUUUUGAACCGGUUCGUAUCUGCUGUACUGCUCAGUUCAUGCAUAUCUUUUCAAAUGGCCACUAGAUGGCAUGGAUUGCCAUAUUUCAGUUUCAGGUUAUGUUCAUUUGCCAAAGGACCCUGUCCUGUGAAAGGUUUGCCUGCUAAACACCCUCCAGUUUUAUUUGUUUAACUCUUACGGGUCACACAUGUAAACAUAUUGGGGAAAUACUGUAGCUCACAAUGCAGCAUUUUGGGGAUGUGGCUAUGUGAAACUUCAUGUGACUUUGAUCUUCAAAUGUGAAAAUGUAAUGUACUUAUGUAUGGGAAUUAUAUAUAUGUCUCUUAAGUAAUGGAAUAACACAGAUAUGAAGUGAAUACAGAGUGUGAUACCCAUUAACCUUAUGGAGUACCUGAACUGCUACAUGCUCAGACAUUGUGACACAUGCAUAUCAGUGUUUUGAUUAGGGUUACAUUCGCAUGGUCUUUGUUCUCAAACCUUAGAUUAGGUUACAAUAAUGUUUAUAUGUUCAGCAGCACCAUAUGAAGGAGAGAUAAGUAGUCAUUUAGAAAUUACAAUGUAUUUAAUGACCUUAAAUCACUGCUUGUAAAAGUUGGAAGGUGGACAGUUAUUACUGAUAAAUCGCCUUGUUUCAAGUGACCUUGAUGUUCACGAUCAAUCUAAACUGCUUAAAUAAAAUCCCCUGUGUGUUUUAGGAACACUUGUCUACUGUGAUAAAUUGAUAAAGCCAGUGAAAAUAGCUUGUU